AUGUAUCUAGAUGUCACAAGCCCCAUUACCAAAAUUAUCAACCUGUCCAUUUCUCAAAAUAUGUUCCCUAGCAUGUGGAAAUCAGCUGUUGUUGCUCCCAUUCUCAAAAGUGGAGACCCCCAUUCCAUGUCAAACUACAGACCCAUCAGUAUAUUGCCCACAGUGUCUAAGAUUGCAGAGAAACUGAUAGCAAAACAAAUUGUCAACCAUCUAAAUACCACACCCUAUGCUAUCCACCCUAUGCAGUUUGGCUUUAGAGCCAAUUAUUCCACCGAAACUGCUACUUGCUUUUUUACUGAAAACAUCAGAGCUUUGUUGGACCGAGACGACCCCAUUGAAGACGACCCCAUUGAAGACGACCCCAUUGAAGACGACCCCAUUGAAGACGACCCCAUUGAAGACGACCCCAUUGAAGACGACCCCAUUGAAGACGACCCCAUCUCUGAUCUGCAGAGCAGCGCUGUAAUGCAAGGACAAUUAGAAAGCUCAUCUGAAGGACCCUGGGAUGCAAUGUCUCCAAAGCUGUGGUGUGGUGAUGGUUUAAUGAAUUUGCAACUCUUUGGUUCAGGUGUGGACCUAGUUGAGCUUUGUCGAGGUAGUUCUGCACCUGUUCCUCUUGGCCAUUUGCCACCUAACUGUGGACACACUUCACCCACUCAUGGAGGUCUUGUUUAUGCUACACCCUAUGAUGGAUGUGGUGUUGCACAAAAGGGAGGGAAUUAUGUCAUGCAGAUGCUAUGGCAGGGAACACCUGUGGUCAUCUCUUGUCCCAUGACCUAGUCUGUUGUGACUGUCCAUGUCUGGAUAUCAGCCUCCUAGAUUUCUUUUCCACUUGCUUACUCUGGAAGCAAAGUCCAAUCACCCCCUGAUACACCAGCUGCAAUCAGUUCUUCCCCAUCUGUUCCUGCCAGCAAUGCCUCCGGGAUACCCUUAUUACUAUUACCACCAUUACUUUAAACCUCCAUCCCAAUUUUUCCCAUACCCUGGCAAACCAGGCACAAUUGUUAGACCAGCCUCUACAACACUAACCAAAAAGCCACAUCGUCCUUCUAUCCUCAUAUCUUUCAACCUAUCUCUGUUGAUGUCUGAAAUAAAGUCAAAUGUUAGG